GUGCGUGCGCGCUCUCGCGAGCUGCCCGUUUCAAUGUAAACAAGAGGCGUCGGGCGAAACGCACGCGAGGAAGGGAGGGGGAAAAGGAAAGAAAAAAACCCUCCGACCAUUAACUCCUUGACUUCGGGGUGGUAGUUGGCAUUUCUUUCAUCCCCUCUACACCUCUUUUGAUACGCCGUCCGGCCUUUCGAAAGCAGCAGUGGUGCGUGUUUUCGUCUUGGCGCUAUUUGUGCGACGGGGGGCGGGGAAGGAACGGCGCGGGGCCUAGGCCUCAGGCUCCGGUCUGCUCUUCACUCUGUUCCUGCUCUAAGCGAGCGAGGGGGAGGGAGGUUUUUUUUAAAAAAAGUAAACUCGCCGUCAACCUGCGGCCCAGCCCUUUGCAUCGCUGCUGCUGAUUCAGGCUAGCCUCCACCAUCUACACACACACAUACACACCCUCCACCAUCACCACCUGCUUGACGAGAGGAGACGAAAGGAAAACUAGUCAGUGUUUCGGGAGGUUGCAUAGAAAAUGGAACUGAAAGAGAGAGAGAUCAGGGACUUCGAGAAACUAAAAUGAGCGAAUUUCCAGUUGUUCAUUCAACUGUUUAAAGACAGCAUUUACUCCUAGGCGUUUGCUCCAGCCAUGGAAUCGGAGAGCAAAGGUGGUGAGGAUGAGGAGAGCCUGCAGAUGGCGUUCAAAAAACUUAAAGUGGACUCUGAGCAUGCCGGACCUGCAUCAGUCCGUGUAAAUCCUGAAACAACAACUUCAAGGACAUCUGUACGAGGCAGUCCUGAUGGAGCUAAACCUAGGACAACAUGUACUUCCAAAGAAAGCUGGCAUGGUUCAACUAGAAAGCCAGCUCGAGGGGCUAUCCGAACACAGCGAAGACGACGUUCCAAAUCACCAAUUCUUCAUCCUCCUAAAUUCACCUAUUGUAGUUCUGCAGCUCCUGCAGCCAGUUGUCAGGUUAAACAUAGCAACAAAACAGAGGCCUACCAGGGCCUUGCUGGCAAAACUCCAAAAGAGUGCUGCAAAGCCGGACAGCCUGAAGAUGUGUUCGGUGCUAAAGUUCCCACUGUCUUCACCUUAGAAUCAUCAGAAGACACUGCUGGUAAUGAUGCUGAAUCUGGCAGCAGCUCCCCUCUUGAUUUUCCAAAACUGGCAUCAGCAACAGCCCUGGAGUUGAGCCAGCCAACCUCUGAUUUCCAAUCCCUGUCAAAGCUUCACCAGACAAACCCAUGCUGCUGCUCACAAAAGGAGAAAUGCUGUUGCAAACGAUGGCAAGAUGUUCAGGUAUACUCCUUCACUGGGCUUCGCAGUGUCAUAUCGGAAUGUGAGAGAGGCGUGGCUGAGGUCCGCCAGCGCACGUCACCUUGCAGAAGAACUCAGACAGGCUCUGGGGUCUCGGGUUCCCCGCGUUCCUGCUCUGAGGAGGCCAGGACAUUUGUUGAAGACAUCACAAUUGAAGAUCUUUCGGGGUAUAUGGAAUAUUACCUGUACAUUCCAAAGAAAAUGUCUCAUAUGGCUGAAAUGAUGUACACCUAAGAACGAUCCUCGAUGGCCAAUUUAUUUACAAACUAAUGUGACUGGAAUGAAAACAAAUCCCCAAGGAAUACUGGCUUAAAGAAAUUAUGCAAGACCUAAUUUUGAUUUGUUUUUUUUUAAAUCGCACCCGCUCCCCUCCCACCAUUUGUGUUGGCCCUUGAUGUAGUUUGGAGGCUUUGUGUAAGUCGCAAGUAAAAACAUGAAGCUGUUAGACUAACGUGUUUUUUUUUAGGACACAGGCUUACGAUGUCUGAAAUUAAUUCUUGAUAUAAUGUCAGCAAGCAUCCUGAGCAGCAAAAUUUAUUGCAUUCACAUGUGACAUUCAGGGCAGAGAUGACUUUUACCUAAAGGAAAACGUAGUGGGGCUAGAGGUUUGCUGACUGCUUGCAGCCAGUCAACUAGGUGUGUAUUGUCCUACAACACACAAAUAUUGUGACUUCCAUCGGUUUAGAAUUUUAAAGCUGCAUUGCUGUAUACAUUUUGUCUAUUGAUCUCAAAUGAACUUUAUCUGUGUGACAGUUAUUUCUGAUGACUGAUUUUUCCUGUAAGUAUUAAAUCCAGCCUCGUGUCCUUCUCUCCUCUCUGAGCUGUAUGAAAUUUUAUUUUCGUUGAGAAGAGAGGUAUGGGGAUGAGUAUUGCCUUCUAAAUUAUUUGCAGAAGUUGGGUCUCUUCAGUAGAUUGGACUGUAAACACAGCACCAUGCAAAACAUAUGCACAAUUUCAGCAACCCGAGAAGUACAUCUGCCACGUAUUUCGGGCAUGCAGAUCCAACACUGCAGUUUCAAAAAAAGCUGUUUUUGAUGAGAGGGCGCCAAAAAGACUGAAACUGCUUUGAUCCCAAGGUCCCCUGCCGUGGUGGGUUUUUUUAUUGCCCCUUCAAGAUGAUGGCAGAGGGUCACCUGUACCAUAUUGAAUAGAUGGCUUAAAGAAAGGAUUGCCAGGGCUCUGAAUUUUAAUGCUGUAACAUGUCCUCUUUCGAGUGGUUCCAGUUCUUUAGAUCUGACCUAUUCUUGAGAUGAAUUAAACUGUUUAUAAUAGCUAAAUUAAAAUCGCAGGUAAGUAUUUAAGUGCUGCCUUUUACCAUCUGAGAAAUGGCUUGAAGUCUGAUCUUUAUUGAAAGUUGAAGACACUUGGACUCAUUCUCAUUUGUCCAUCUUUUUUGAAGUGUAACCUGAAAUGAGGCUAAUUGACUUCUUUCUUCAGUUUCUGCUAAAUGUGUGAGUUGUCUCCAAUAGUACCAGAGAAAUGGCUAUUGUCAGAAGAUGAAAAAUAUCACUGUUCAGCAGGCAACAUUAUGGUGUAAGUUGAGUAAUAUUGGGGGCAGUGGAAAAGGAUUUUUGUUUUUUUUGUUACCUCUUUUUGUUCCUCAUUUCCCCACUACCGCUUUGAGAUAUCAGACUGGUCAGGCUCUUGCUCGGCUUCAUGCCAAUUCCUCGUUAUAAACAUUAACUAUUAGGAGAAUGAUUUACCUAGACUUGUAUGGUAUACAAAACUGAGGACUAAAUGACCUAAGGGAUUAUAUACUCAUGAUCUGCAUUAAUUAUAUUGCACCUAUAUUUUGUGCUCUUAUUUAUAAAUACGUUCAUGGGGUGCUAAUCCAUUUUGAGAUAGACCUUUGCUAGUAUCAGCUCUUGAUGAUAUCAGUGGCUGUGUUGACACUUGGCACCAGUAGUGCUUUGUUUUGGGAGUUGUUACCAGGUGUUCAGUAUUGGAUAAAUGUUAUAAAUUGCAGUUAUACCUGAUGCUGCUUCUGAUCUGAUCGAAUCCAAUCUGUACCCCUCCGGUUUUUGAAGAGUUUGAUUUUUGCGGUUUUUUGAGUAGCACAGUAAAGGAGACCAAGGAAUGUUCGAGUCCUCUUGUCUGCUGAGUUAGAUGAUCUCUCUACUGCAGUGAGGUGUGUCCAUUUACACUCCUGGAUUACAGAGAUGGGGGAGAAAUUUGAAUUAGUAAAAAAAUUGGAGAAAGUGCAAUGCUAAGAAACUGAUCUAAUUUGGAAAAAGUAGUUUGCAUAUUUUGUCCACUCUGUUUGCAUUGUGACUCAUCACAGUUUGAGCUGAGUCUGUUAAAUUUGAUUGUUCCCAUUUUCCUGUUUUUAAAGCUCUCCUUGAAGAGAGGAUAAACUGCACUAAUGUGUUCCAUUCAGUAUUACAGCCACCCCCUCAGUGGUAGUUCUCAAAGGUAUUGUUAAUCGUAGUAACAGUUUUGAAGUAGUCAGAGUACUCUGGAUCUGUAUGCCAUUUGUUGUCUUUCUUACACUAAAAGAAUUUUGAAUUUGCAUCAUUUUGAAUUGACAAAUUGAACUUGGCUCUGUGAAAAGAUGGAAGACUUUGUGCCUCUAAAGCUCUGUUAACUUCAUGUUUUGGAAUAAAUUUCAGAUUUCUUUUAUUCAA